UGGGCGGCAAUCCACGGUGUGCUGCUCGACGCGAAACCGAGCUCUACUUAUUCUUACCAACGGCGCGGACUGACGCGUUGCUCUUGUAUUAAACUAGACUCAAGUAUCGAUGAUCCGGCGAGGUCGGUUAAGUGCCUGACAAUGCGGUCGUUUUCCUCAUCAUUCACGGAAUCAAGAUCCCCGUGUGGUAAACGGUGCUCGAUCGAUCGAUCGAUCGAUUGAUCAAUUUACUUGUUGCAACAAUCCGGCUCUGCGGUGUGUCCAGUGAUGUAUUCUGUGAACAGUGUGAACGUAUCGAGCGGGCACGUGCUCCGCUGAAAAUUUAAUACACCGUAACUUUAGUGCCCCCUGGUUUACGUCGUGAUCUCGGUGCAGUAAUCGCGGGUUGAUAUGCGAAGGCACCGCUAGAGGGACCGGCAACAAAGUUCUGGACAAAAGUUCGACCGAUGCUUCGUGAGCAGGAUAACGAAAUAACUAGCCCUGCAGUGGUUUGUGGAUCAUCUCCGGACCCCGAGACGCCGGAGGCUACUUCCGAGAGGUCGGACUCAGUCGGAGCGGAAAGUGCGGAGCACUCUGCAACCUUCGGCGCUUCCCCUACCGCGGAUCUGAUGCAGACGGAGAAACGCGUCCACAGGCCGCAUCCCUCCGGGUCGACAUUCCUGAUAACCGCACCCUGUACCUCACUCCACAGGGACAAGGGGUCUCCAGAGCUGAGAAAUCCGCAUCCCGUUGUCCUCCAAGUCCACGCCAACAACCAAUUUCUCUACGGCACGUCGGCCGUCGGUCGAAACGGGCUCGUCGACGCCGCGACGGAGCGCGGCCGACGCGAUAUCCGGGAACUCGACGCUAAUUCCGAGGACGCGUCGGAGAUGGAGAUUCGCCAAGAGGCGGAUGACACCGACGUCGUGGAACGCGUCGAGCGCGUCGAGAUGGACGAGGACUACGCGGAGGACGCUGAGGAACCCGAGGACGACGACGAGGAAGUCGAGGUCGACGUUUGCCACUCUCCUGAUCGCAGCAGUCCGAGCCCCGUCGAUCUUACCCACUCUUCGAGGGACCCGGAAUUCCACCCGGCGAACAUCGGCUGCAGCCCAUUUGCAAACAGAGGCACCCCUGACUCCUCCAUUCAUCUCCAUGCACUGUCGUGCCUGCACCAGGGCACCGCUGGCAACCACAACUCCCGAUACCUCACCUACACUGGCGCUUCUUCGACCACGACGACGCCAACGCCUUCCGCCACCACGACCCCGACUAGCACCACAACGAACACUGUACAGCAGCACAAAAGAGGCCUCGCUUUUUCGGUCGAAAAUAUUCUAGAUCCGAACAAAUUCACCGGAGGUAGACUUCUACAGCACCUCGGUCACCGAACCCAUCGAAGAGGCAGCAGCAUCCAUGAAGAUGGAGACUCGAGGGGUGAAUUUGCCUGCGGUAGCGGUCAGGAGGACGAGGGAACGGCGGAGAACGAGGAGCUCGAAGACGACGAGGACGAGGACGUCGAGAUGCAGGAGGCAUCCGGCGGCGAGUCGAGUAACCCCGGGUGCAAGAAGAAGUCAUCAUCCUCGUCGCAGAACCAGGGCGGCUCCGGGGGCGGCAAGCCGCGGAGGGCUAGAACAGCCUUCACCUACGAGCAGCUGGUCGCUCUGGAGAACAAGUUCAAGACCACGAGGUACCUCUCGGUCUGUGAACGGCUGAACCUCGCCUUGUCCCUCUCGCUGACCGAGACGCAGGUCAAAAUAUGGUUCCAGAACCGGCGCACAAAGUGGAAGAAGCAGAACCCGGGUCUCGACGUUAACAGUCCCACUGUACCCACGACACCGCCGCAUCCUCAUCCUCACAGCUCACCGUACGCUCCGACUUUUUUAUUCGCGACCCACUCUCACCCCCACCAUCCCCCGCCCCCGGGCUACUACCACCAUCCAACGCCGUAUCCACCCACGGGACCAACCUUCUUCGGUCACCAUCUUCCAUCCCCGACGCCGACUACCUUGUCGCAUUCACAUUCCCACACGCACCCUCACGCGUAGCAACUGCGAGAAGGCGCGAGCCUCCCUCUGAACAAACCCCCUACGAAUGUAACAUAAUACGACGUGUCAGAGAUUCGUUAUGAAUAUAUAAAUAUUAUACAUAUAUAAAUAUUAUAGAAUUAGCAGCAUGACCGUGGAUAAUUAGUUCUGUAAGGUGGGACAGUGAUAUAUAGAAGAAAACGUGUACAUGAACAAAGCGUGUCAAAAUUUAUUAGGAUGUAGGUUAUUAUUAUUAUCAUAGGCUAUUUUGAGGGAUACGCGGUAAGCCUAUAUUCGUUAAGAAUCGACCGUCUGUAAAAUAAACGCCAAUCACGCUUGUAUAUAUUACAUACUUACACGCAUACAUACGUAUGAUAUGUUUAUGUACGUACGAAUGAAAAUUUGUCAGGAAACCCCUUCACGCCGUGUAUAUUGUAGGUAGGCAUUAUUAUCUAUCACGUAUAAAUUCAAAUGGCGGUAUUGAUCACCAUGAAUUAUUUUAUUCAAAGUAUGUAAUUGAUAUUGACCGAGGAUCAACAGACUUGUGAAUUUUACAUCUAGUAGUAUUAUUAUAUGAAUAUUAUUAUUAUUAUU